CCCAGGGGCAGCGGAAUCGUAACCAGGUGUCCGCUGGUGUUGAAACUAAAAAAACAGCUGCAAUGCGAGUUCACGUGGAGGGGGAAGAUCAGCUACCGGACGGUGGACCUCCAGCUUCAAGACCCCGCCCAGGUGGAGAGGGAGAUAUACAAAGACGACGGCGGCGGCGGGCUCUACCUGGGUCCCCAGAAUGCACCGCGCGGAGAGAGCGGCUCCUCCGGUCGGAGAGAAGAGGAAAGUGUAGGAAAAGGGACGCGAGGACGGAGAAUGAACGUAUGUGCGUGCGAGCGAGGGUUGGUGAGGCCGGGCGGCGGCUGGUGACGCAGCAGCGGAAAGGAAGACAUUUUGAUGACAUUCAGGACAUCAAGGCCCAAAACAUCAUCGCUGGGACUGGGAUUGGCAUUAGCCACGAGCUCAUCACUCUGGAGAUCACCUCUGCUGAGGUCCCGGACCUGACGCUCAUUGAUCUCCCUGGCAUUGCCAGGGUGGCCGUGGGGAACCAGCCCCCGGAUAUUGGGCUGCAGAUCAAGGCACUCAUCAAGAAAUACAUCCAGAGGCAAGAGACGAUCAACUUGGUGGUGGUCCCCUGCAACGUGGACAUCGCCACCACAGAGGCGCUGAGCAUGGCCCAUGAGGUGGACCCCGAAGGAGACAGGACCAUAGGGAUCCUGACCAAACCAGACCUAGUGGACAAAGGCACUGAAAAAGGUGUCCUGAAUGUGGUCCAGAACCUCACCUACCGUCUCAAGAAAGGCUACAUGAUUGUGAAGUGCCGCGGCCAGCAGGAAAUCAUGAACAAGCUGAGCUUGGCAGAGGCGACCAAGAACGAAAUGACGUUCUUUCAAACACAUCCGUAUUUCAGAGCCCUCCUGGACGAAGGGAAGGCCACAGUACCCCGUCUGGCUGAAAGACUCACCCAUGAGCUCAUCCUACACAUCAACAAAUCGCUCCCGUUGUUAGAGAAUCAAAUCAGGGAGAGCCACCAGAUUGCGACGGAGGAGCUGCGCCAGUGUGGGGAGAACAUCCCCAGCAGUGAUACCGAUAAGAUGUUCUUUCUGAUUGAGAAAAUUAAAGCGUUUAAUCGGGACAUUGAAAAGUUAGUACAAGGAGAAGAAAUAGUAAAGGAAAAGGAGACCCGCUUAUACAACAAACUCAGAGAGGAGUUUAAAAACUGGAUAUGCGUACUUGAAGCCAAUACCAAAAAAGUUACAAAUCUUAUUAAAGAAACAGUCUCAAAAUAUGAAAAUCAGUAUCGCGGCAAAGAACUGGUGGGGUUUGUCAACUACAAGACAUUCGAGGCCAUCGUGCAGCAGUACCUGGAAUAUCUGGUAGACCCUGCACUCAACAUGCUGCAGACGACUGUUGAAAUUGUCCGGCAAAAUUUCGCUGACACAGCCAAAAAACAUUUUGACGAAUUUUACAACCUUAAUCAAAUAACCCAGAACAAGAUUGAAGACAUAAAAGUGGGACAAAUGCAAAAAGCGGAAAAUCUGAUCCGCCUUCAGUUCAGGAUGGAGCAGCUGGUUUACUGUCAAGACCAGAUUUACAGCACGGUUCUGAGAAAAUACCGAGAACAGGCCUUUAACCCUCUCCAAACGACUCUUCAGACCCCUGUGAUGAUGAAACCGUCGGUUUCAAAUGACGAGUCUUCAGUUUCCUCCAUCACUGAAAUCGGGGUACACCUGAAUGCAUACUUCUCGGAAACCAGCAACCGUCUUGCCAACCAGAUCCCAUUCAUAAUUCAGUAUUUUAUUCUCCAAGAGAAUGGCGACUCCUUGGCGAAAGCCAUGAUGCAGGUUCUGCAGGAGAAGGAACACUAUUCCUGGCUGCUUCAGGAGCAGAGUGAGACCGCCAACAAGAGGCAAUACCUCAAGGAGAAAAUUUACCGGCUCACGCAGGCGCGGCACGCUCUCUAU